AUGGCUACCGGCGAAUCAUUUCGGUCAUUGGCAUUUGCGUUUAGGAUAUCUCAAAGUUAUAUCACUCGUAUCAUACAGUUGGUUUUAAAAAGUUUGAGUUCACGACUAACUGGUAAAUUAUUAAAAUCACCAUCGCCAGAAGAUUUGAUACGAAUUGCAGGUGAAUAUUGGGAUAGAUGGAACUUUCCAAAUUGUGUUGGUGCAAUCAAUGAAAAGCAUAUUAGAAUAUUUUGUCCGGGAAAGAGUGGUUCUUUGUUUUUUAAUUAUAAAGACUAUUUUUCAAUUGUCUUAUUAGCUAUUGUGGAUGCUAAUUGUAAAUUUAUUUAUGUCGACAUUGGCUCGUACGGAAAAGAAGGUGAUAGUGGCAUAUUUGGAAAAUCAAGUUUGAACCAAUUAAUUAAACAAAAAGAAUACUUUCCGCCAGAAAAAAAACUUCCAAAUUCGGAAAUAAGCUUACCAUUUGUUCAUGUCGGCGAUGAAGCUUUCCGUCUGGAGACACAUAUGAUGAGACCAUUCACUCGUGGAGAAGCCCGAAAUGAUAACAAAAAAAUUAUUUUCAACUAUCGUUUGUCAAGAGCUCGGAGAACUACAGAAAAUAGUUUUGGUCUUUUAAGCCAAGUAUUUAGGGUUUUUUAUACUCCCAUUUCUUUGAAAUCCGAAACAACUGAUUAA